GUUGAUAGAAAAUCAAACCUGUCAGCACAAUAUAAAAGCCAGAACAUUAGGUUUAUUCUGAAAGUUGAAACCAUCAUCAUGGCUAAGACAUUGCUGGUCCUCUUGCUGGUUACUCUUACGUCUGCCGGCCUCCUUCCAACCGCACCCGUUACCCUUCCACCCAUCUCCAUCGUGGAUCAAUCCAUCGACACCGGUCCCCUCGAUGCCAAGGCCAACAUCACUUUCCAAAAUAAUGAACUCGACUACGACGUUGGUGAAUGGGUUAACCUGUCCGAACUUCCAGGCCCGAUUCAUCCCCCUGUAAACCAAUCUAUGCAAGCUCUUGGCGCAUUUGGAGAAAAUUCCUGGGCCGUUAUGAAUGGCUCCCUGUCCAUCCCGGGGUGCUAUAACAUGUGGCAAGUUAACGGUGCGCUGGGUCUGAUAACUAAUAACGUCGGAGGUUCUCUCAUCAAUUGUCUCUACGGAAACCAACUUCUCACCGUUUUGUUGGAUCCAACACUCCUACCUACGGCGUAUUUCAUACAGGACGUACCAAAAGCCUAAGUGACAAACCCGCAUUCAAUAUCUGAGAAAAUUAGUGAUUUAAUUGAAAAUAAAAGCAAAAUUUUGUUAUUUGGUCAUUCUUUAA